GUGCUGUCGAUGCCCCGCCCCAUCCGGUUCCUCUGCCCAAUGAAAACGCACGAUGCACCAUGAUGGGACGUCACGCACACUGGCGUCGUGUCGGGAUUGGAAUGUAACAGAGUAACAAUCGGAACAACUGAGCAAUAGGUGAUUGGGCUCGCGGAUCAAGGAACUCAGUUGAUUUUAUUUGUUACGGAAACAUCCUGUGAAACUCGCGCACUGUCCUCGUGUUUUCGCCAAAAGGGAAACGCCGCUUUCCAGAGCCGGUGUCCCGAUGAAGAGGAAAUCUACUUCUUGCGUGAGUGAAGGUCCACGGAGAGCGCAGGGAUAAGAGAAAUGCAGGGAUUCGUAAGGUUACCGUCGUUCCGGUGAACUGCUCCGUCUGUAUUAUUGUUUCGGAGGUGAAUGGAGUUACUCUGCGAGCGGUGGGCUUUAGUUUAGUCUGGACGUGUGGUUCGGAAACGCCACGGCAUCGGAGAUAAACCUCGGUCGUUGUAUUAUUAACGACUUUCCAUCUUUUCCAGUGGGACCCGCUGCUCUCCAAAGACAAACUCCAUGAGUCAGUGCCGCCGCAACUCUCCAGCGCGAGUCGGACCGUGCGACGCAUUUAUCUAGCGCGUGUCCUGUCAACAAACGUUGCAUUUUCAUUACUCCGCCGGGGGAAAACUAAGUCAGUGAGUAAGCAUACCUGAUUGUGUGUUUAUGAUGAUCUUAACAGGUACGGUUACUGUUACGGCUGCCCUGUAAAAUGUUGCUACAAGACAGACGAGGGAGAGCGAAGAACCCGUUGUAAAAUCGCCCACAUGCGCUGGAUCAAUCGCUUGCUGUUCGGUGAUCGGAAUCUGAAGAGGGAAGACGUGAGUUGUAAAUCCUCGCAGGCUGGAAGAUGGCGGAGCAGUACUGGAGGAGGUGGUGUUGAGAGACAAACUUCCAACCGCUUGAGAUUUAUUUGCAAACAUCGCGAUCUGGCCUUCAGGACACAUGCAGGCCAAAAAACGAUAUCUGAUCUCGCUCUUGACUGGCGCCUUUCUAGUUCUGCUCUUUUACUUUGGAGGAGGUGUCCCGGGUCCGGCGGCCACGGGGUCCAGGAGCCGGCAUGGAUAUAGUCGUCCCGAGCAGCCGUGGCCACACUUCUCGGAUCCCUUACAACACUUCAGCCCGUGGGACCAUUCGGACACGGAGGAAUAUAACGUGCACAUAUCGCCCAGGCAGAAGAGAGACGUUAACUCGAGCGUUUACAAGGGCAAAAGGUGCCGCAUGCAAUCAUGCUUCGAUUUCUCCUUGUGUCAGAGGAACGGAUUCAAGGUGUACGUGUACCCGCAGCAGAAGGGCGAGAAGAUCUCGGAAAGUUACCAGAACAUUUUAUCCACCAUCGAGGGCUCUAGGUUUUACACUUCUGACCCUGGUCAAGCGUGUCUGUUCGUCCUGAGCUUGGACACUCUUGACCGAGACCAGCUGUCGCCACAGUACGUGCACAAUCUCAAAACUAAGGUGCAGAGCUUGCCUCUGUGGAACAAUGGUAGAAAUCACCUCAUAUUUAAUUUGUAUUCGGGCACGUGGCCCGACUACACGGAAGACUUGGGCUUUGACAUCGGUCAGGCCAUGCUGGCCAAAGCGAGCAUCAGCACGGAGAACUUCAGACCCAACUUUGACGUAUCCAUCCCCUUGUUCUCCAAGGAGCACCCAAGGACCGGUGGGGACAGGGGAUACUUGAAAUACAACACCAUUCCACCUUUUAGAAAGUAUAUGUUGGUAUUUAAGGGGAAACGCUAUUUGACUGGCAUCGGCUCGGACACGAGGAAUGCCUUAUAUCAUGUUCAUAACGCGGAGGAUGUAGUUCUCCUCACCACCUGCAAACAUGGCAAAGACUGGCAGAAACACAAGGACGCGCGAUGUGACAAGGACAACGCCGAGUAUGACAAGUAUGACUAUCGUGAAAUGCUGCACAAUUCCACUUUCUGCCUGGUUCCGCGAGGACGACGACUGGGAUCCUUUCGCUUCCUGGAGGCUCUGCAGGCGGCCUGUGUGCCGGUCAUGCUGAGUAACGGUUGGGAACUCCCCUUCUCGGAGGUCAUCGACUGGAACACGGCUGCUGUGAUCGGGGAUGAGAGGCUCCUACUACAGAUCCCGUCCACGGUGCGCUCCAUUCAUCAGGAUAAGAUUCUGGCUCUGCGACAGCAGACGCAGUUCUUGUGGGAGGCCUACUUCUCGUCCGUGGAGAAGAUUGUGCUCACCACUCUAGAAAUCAUACAGGACCGAGUGCUUCAGCAGACCUCCAGGAGCAAUCUGAUGUGGAACAGUCAUCCCGGUGGACUUUUUACACUACCCCAGUACUCAUCCUACCUGGGCGACUUUCCUUUCUUCUACGCCAAACUUGGGAUCAAGCCGAAUCCCAAGUUCACUGCUGUUAUCCAUGCGGUCACACCCCUGGUUUCUCAGUCUCAGCCUAUUCUCAAGCUCCUCGUCUCAGUGGCAAGGUCACAGUACUGUGCUCAGAUUAUUGUAUUGUGGAAUUGUGACAAGCCUUUACCUGCCAAGCAUCGAUGGCCGGCCACCUCAGUGCCCAUUAUUGUAAUCGAAGGGGAGAACAAGGUCAUGAGCAGUCGAUUUCAGCCGUAUGACAGUAUCAUCAGCGAUGCAGUGUUAAGUCUGGAUGAGGACACUGUGUUGUCAACCACUGAGGUGGACUUUGCCUUCACGGUAUGGCAGAGUUUCCCUGAGAGAAUUGUGGGAUAUCCUGCCCGCAGUCAUUUCUGGGACAAUAAUAAGGAGCGCUGGGGUUAUACCUCCAAAUGGACCAAUGACUAUUCCAUGGUUCUCACCGGAGCUGCCAUUUACCACAGAUAUUACCACUUCCUGUAUACCCACUUCCUGCCAAAUAGCCUGAAGAGCAUGGUGGACCAGCUGGCCAACUGUGAGGACAUCCUCAUGAACUUCCUAGUGUCCGCUGUCACCAAGCUGCCGCCCAUCAAGGUCACACAGAAAAAGCAGUACAAGGAGACCAUGAUGGCUCAGUCAUCUCGAGCCUCGCGCUGGGCGGACCCAGACCACUUUGCCCAGCGCCAGACCUGCAUGAACAAGUUCGCCAGCUGGUUUGGCGGCAUGCCACUGGUCCACUCCCAAAUGAGACUGGACCCUGUUCUGUUUAAGGACCAGGUCUCCAUCCUCCGCAAGAAAUACAGGGAGAUCGAGCGGCUCUGAC